CGUAAUCACUGGUUGUUUGUGUCGACACUUGUCGUCAAAUAAACGACAAUCGGAUUGUGUUUUGUCUUUAAAUUGCGGAUCAAAUCAAAGACAUAUUGAGUGACAAAUCGCGGACACAAUGACUGAUUACCUCGAGUACAGCGACGCCUCCAAAGAGGAGAGGGGGUGUAUGGUGUUCGGGCGACUGAAGCUCACCAACAGUCAAGUGAUCUUCAAGUCGUCGAAGACGGGAAAAGUGGAGACAAUGUCCGGCUCUGACAUCGACUCGAUCCUCUGGCACCGGAUGGCCGGCGACUACGCUCUGCGAGUGAUGAGCAGAUCCGGACAGAUGUCGCGAUUCGCGGGCUUUAAUGACUCGGAUUUCGACAAAUUGGAGAAAUUCUUCGCCAGAAACUACUCCCUGGAGCUGAAGUCUCGAGACAACUGCCUCCGCGGCUGGAACUGGGGAACGGCUGCCUUCGACGGCGCGGUCCUCGGCUUCGACGUGAAGAAGUCUGAGCGAGCCUUCGAAGUACCGCUGCUUAACGUGAGUCACUGCACGACCGCCAAGAAUGAGGUGACCCUCGAGUUCCACCACAACGACGACGCGCCCAACAGUCUCAUGGAAAUGCGUUUCCAUAUCCCGACCAUCGAUGGCGUGGAUCCGGCGCCGAAUUUCAUGGAGCAGGUGCUCGACAAGGCGUCCAUCAUUCAGGCCACCGGUGACGCGAUCGCCACCUUCAAGGAGCUCCAGUGUCUGACACCGAGAGGUCGGUACGAGAUUAAGAUCUUCCCGACGUUCAUCCAAUUGCACGGAAAAACCUUCGACUACAAGAUUCCCAUCANCAAUAGUAUCGGUUCCCUAAGAUAUCGGUUCCCUAAGAAUGGGGGCAAUAGUAUCGCCGCCGUAUCGGUUCGGCCGCUGACGAGGACUAAGACCGGGACCACAGAGCCUAUAGAGGGAGGUAUAGGUCCCGGAACUGGACGUCUUUACGUACCCAUAGGUCGGGCCUAUGAGUGCCAUAUCUUAGAGAAGUCAGACUUAUACCCAAUUCACCGAUACUUAGGGUUUGGUUAG